AUGUUGGAGACUUGGCACUUUCCGCAAUCGUGUCUGCAAUCAUGUCGAGCGGCAAUGCGGCCAGGAAAUGGCCAAUGCGGAUGGGCCCCAAAAAUUCCUCAUAAAGGGUUUGAUGCGGCUGCAGGGAACGCUGGUAGUGGUGCUUCUUCC